AAAAAAUAAAUAAAUAAAAAGAAUUAGGGUUUCUCCCUUCAACAUAUAAAGCGCGCAAACAAAUAACCUACCUAAAAGCAAGUGCCGCCCUUCUCUCUCUUCCAGGUGAUUUGAGUUUUUUGUUCGUUCGAUCAAUCAAUCCGCAAAGAUGCAGAACGAAGAAGGUCAAAACAUGGAUCUAUACAUUCCCAGGAAAUGUUCCGCCACCAACAGGCUCAUCACCUCGAAGGAUCAUGCUUCCGUUCAAAUCAACGUUGGACAUUUGGAUGAGCUUGGCAGAUACACUGGCACAUUCUCCACUUUUGCUCUUUGUGGAUUUGUCCGUGCCCAGGGUGAUGCUGACAGUGCUCUCGACAGGCUUUGGCAGAAGAAGAAAACCGAAGUUCGACAGCAGUAGUUGGUUAGCCUUUUAAAACUAGUCUCGUCUCUAAGCUUAGGAAGGAAAACUCUUUUGGCGGUGACUAUCAUGUUCCAGUUUUUGGGUGAACUAUGUUGAAGUUAUUUUUAUUGAUCGGAUGCCAUUUCGUUUGGCUUACGUUUGAACCUAAUAUAUUUGCCUUCAAUUGUGCGUUAAUCGACAUUUUUGUUCUUUGAA